GCAGACAAUCAUUAACAGUGUUUAAGCAUUUUCAAACUCCCUUUUUAGAUGAACUACCAAAGUCAGAAAGAUACUAUAAAAAUCCAAUGGAGUCUAUAUUUGAUGCUUUGAACAGGAUACAUUCACACAUUUAAGUUUAGCCUGUUGUUUGGCAACUUUCUACAAGCUACCCUUGAAUUUUAGUGAAUGAGUUCAGGUAGAAGAAUUAUUAAUCUGAAAAAAAAAUAGACUUUUAGAAAAAGAGCAGUAGGUUUUGAGGAACUUUAGCCAUUUUGCUGCAAAAUUCAGUCACCUACCACACCAGCAAAAACAAUUUUAGCAUUCCCUGCAGCCUCUCUUUUUGGACAUGGCUUUGGAAACAAAGGUUAAGCACCACAAAGCAUUUUGUAUGAAAGGUGGCCAAAUAUGUCAGAAUCAGAGAAUCCCUCCUGGGCGGCAAGAUGAACCUUUCAAAUCAAGAAUAAGGUGUUUCCUCCUACAUCAAUCCAGGUUGGUAGACACUUUGUCAGUAACACACUGGGAGGAGGGGCAUCCUGAAAACAAUGAAGUGUUGUACUAACAACAUAGCUCAAAACAAAUACACAAAAUAAAGUUUUGCAUUUUCAUAAAACUUGAUAGCAAUAGUAUUUCAAAUUCUACACAGUUACCAAAAACUCAAAAUAGUUUCCUGGACAUCUCCAGCCACUCAGCUUUCAGUGCUGUUCAGGGUCUUUGCAGGCUCAGGCUCCAGGAUAGGAGGAGCAAGUUCAGCAGAUAACUUCUCAGAUGCAAAUCUCCUGCAUCCCAACUUGGAGUUUUGUCUCCUGUAACAUUCCCUGCAGCCUCUCAUUUGGGGCAUGGGUCUGGAUGCAAAGGUGAAGUGUUGAGUUUGAGGAUGCAGUAGCCUCUGGCUUUGGAUAGUCUCCUUUCUUUAGUGGUGACACACCUGGGGGGUUUUCAUAUGUCACUUCUUUGGUUCUUUAGGUAUAAAGAAGUAUACUUAGGUGUGAAUAAGUUAUAUUAACUGGCAAUGAAGUCUUAGUAUUACUUACACAUUAUAUGGUAGACAACUCUGAGAAGUAUUCUUGACUCACUCAUGCUUGAGACAGGUUACACAUUGAAAUGAGAGGACACAAAGAAAUGUGUGUGGUGGUCAACUAGGACUCGAUACAGAUUGAUUCCAGUUUUUCAAUCUGAAGGUUGGAAUUGAAUGCAGUUUCUUAAAUUAACUUAGAUAAGGACGUUGCAUGAAGUACAGCAUGAUUUAUUAAAUUUUAGUUCCAUUAAUUAAACUUUUACUUCAAUUGCCAGUGUGAUAAAAUGUUUUUUCAUUUUACAAGAAAAAUCUUGGAUGACAUGAAAUUAGAUUAAGCACAUCAAAUGCCUUUUCUUUCUUUCUUUCUUUCUUUCUUUCUUUCUUUUUCUUCUUUUUUUUUUUUUUACCUAUUACGUAUGUUAGUUAAUAAAGUCACUGAACACCGAUUAUGAUACAGACAUUAUUUCAUAUGAUUAACUGUUUAACUAAUUAACUAUGCCCAUUGCACACUCCUCACCUUCCAUAGACUUCUGGUACAAGUUUAAGAGGGUUUCUUUUUAAUGAGUUGACUUUGCAAUUAGCAGUAUAAAGUGCACAUUCCUAGAGGGAAUCUGAGCUUCCUAAAAACUCCUGAAAAUAACGUCAGCGUUAACUCUUUGCCUGCCUGGUUUGUUUUCAGCAAGAUACAGAAAGUUUUAUCUCAAGACAGGGAUAGGUGGGGCAGCUGAUAGAGAAGUGGGAAGAAAGGAAGACUUGGGCUUCUGACUGUGAGAUGGUACUUCUUUGUAGACACAGGACUGGCUGGAUAGGGAAGGCUAAUACACAAAAGGCUACUUCCGGCUCAAAUUUCUUUACCAAGUUUCUUUCAGCCGAACUUUUCUUUUUUUUGUUCUUUUUUUCUUUUCUUUCUGUCAUUUUGGCGGCGUGGUGGUGGGUGGGUGGGUGGGUGGGUGGUGCUGGUGGCGGUGGUGGUGCACAACCAUUCUAGGAAGUAGGGUGUAUGCGCCCCGGGAUGCAAAGAACGUCCCCAAGCUUCCGAUUCCCAUUCUCGCAUCUGGGGCAUGUCUGCAGCUGGACAGGCCCGGCUGGAGGCUGCAGGGGACGCCUCCACCUUCCCACCCGGGACGUCCUGAACCGCCGCCACAACAACAGGCUCGCGCGAGACAAAGGGGCUGGCGCAGGGCGGCGCGCGGGGCCAGGGGGCGUGGGGAGGCAAGGGAGCAGCGCGGUGGGAGCCGGGUGGAGACCUCCAGCCAGGCCUCCAGACUCAGUACAGCCUUUGACCCUCGCCCCCACGCCGCUCCCCUGCAGGCGGCGCCCCUGGAUCUGCUGCCCCGGCCACUGAUCGCUCCUUUCGGUCCUGAGCACCGAGCAGGGCGCAGCACUCCCCGCGCCGGCGGCAUGGCGGUGUCCUGGAGGAGCUGGCUGGCCAACGAAGGGGUUAAACACCUCUGCCUGCUCAUUUGGCUGUCCCUAAACGUUCUACUUUUCUGGAAAACCUUCCUGCUGUACAACCAAGGGCCAGAAUACUACUACAUUCACCAAAUGUUGGGCCUAGGAUUGUGUUUAAGCAGAGCAUCUGCAUCUGUCCUGAACCUCAACUGCAGCCUCAUCCUUUUACCUAUGUGCCGGACAGUCCUGGCUUAUCUUCGAGGAUCACAGAAGGUCCCUAGCAGGAGAACAAGAAGAUUGUUGGAUAAAAGCAAGACUCUACACAUCACAUGUGGUGUAACUAUCUGUAUUUUCUCAGGUGUGCAUGUAGCCGCCCACUUGGUGAAUGCCCUCAACUUUUCAGUGAACUACAGUGAAGAUUUCCUUGAACUGAAUGCAGCAAGAUACCAGAAUGAGGAUCCCAGAAAGCUUCUCUUCACAACCAUUCCUGGUCUGACGGGUGUCUGCAUGGUGGUGGUAUUGUUCCUCAUGGUUACAGCUUCUACCUACGCAAUAAGAGUUUCUAAUUAUGAUAUCUUCUGGUAUACUCACAACCUCUUCUUUGUCUUCUACAUGCUGCUGCUGUUGCAUGUUUCAGGUGGUUUGUUGAAGUAUCAGACAAAUGUAGACACUCACCCUCCUGGCUGCAUUAGUCUUAACCAGACAUCAUCCCAGAAUAUGUCCAUACCAGACUACGUCUCAGAACAUUUUCAUGGAUCUUUGCCUCGAGGGUUUUCAAAAUUAGAAGAUCGUUACCAGAAAACACUUGUGAAGAUUUGCCUGGAAGAACCCAAGUUCCAAGCUCAUUUCCCACAGACCUGGAUUUGGAUUUCUGGACCUUUGUGCCUUUAUUGUGCGGAGAGACUUUACCGAUGCAUCAGGAGCAACAAACCUGUCACCAUCAUCUCAGUCAUCAAUCAUCCCUCUGAUGUAAUGGAACUCCGUAUGAUCAAAGAAAACUUUAAAGCAAGACCUGGCCAGUAUAUUAUUCUCCAUUGCCCCAGUGUAUCAGCAUUAGAAAACCACCCAUUUACUCUCACAAUGCUCUGUCAGAAACGAUGGCAGCCCUGGCACAGCAGAGUAUGGAUAUACAGUUUCUUUGUCUGUAGUGAUGCUGCAUGCCAUGAAGAUACUUCCAAGAUGAACCAUGCCUUCUUACUGUGUCCUACUGAAACCAAAGCAACAUUUGGUGUCCACUUUAAAGUAGUAGGAGACUGGACAGAACGAUUCCGGGAUUUGCUACUGCCUCCAUCAAGUCAAGACUCUGAGAUUCUGCCCUUCAUUCACUCUAGAAAUUACCCUAAGUUAUACAUUGAUGGUCCAUUUGGAAGCCCAUUUGAGGAGUCACUGAACUAUGAAGUUAGUCUCUGUGUGGCUGGAGGCAUUGGAGUCACUCCAUUUGCAUCGAUACUAAACACUCUACUGGAUGACUGGAAACCAUACAAGUUAAGAAGACUGUACUUUAUCUGGGUGUGCAGAGACAUCCAAUCAUUCCAGUGGUUUGCAGAUUUACUCUGUGUGUUGCAUAACAAGUUUUGGCAAGAAAACAGACCUGACUUUGUGAACAUCCAGCUGUACCUCAGUCAAACAGAUGGGAUUCAGAAGAUAAUUGGAGAAAAAUAUCACACACUGAAUUCGAGACUUUUCAUUGGGCGUCCUCGGUGGAAACUUUUAUUUGAUGAAAUAGCAAAAUGUAACAGAGGGAAAACAGUUGGAGUUUUCUGCUGUGGACCCAGUUCUAUUUCCAAGACUCUUCAUAGUUUGAGUAACCGGAACAACUCAUAUGGGACAAAAUUUGAAUACAAUAAAGAAUCCUUCAGCUGAAACCUUAGGAGACUACUGGGGACUUUAAAGAGGAACAAGUGCAAUUUCUAAGACUUAGAAACUCAGCUGAAUCAAACAGCUGUGCUAUGCCAAAGAAUACCAAGGGUUUGCUAUUUAUGAUUAUUUAAAAUGAGAAUUCAGAAAAUGUGGCAAAAUGGCAUGGUUAAUCUGCGAGCCAAAGGGGCCCUGAAGAAUAUCUGAUGUGGUGAUUCACAUUUUGAUGAGCAAAUUAAAAGAAUGCCGUUAGACGCACGCUGUUGAUUUUUAUGGGAAAUUCAAGAAGUCUCUUACAAGGAGCUGAACUCACUUACACUGAAGCUGAUAGCUGCAGCCCUCUUUAAAUUGUUUUCGGUUGAACACAUUCAAGAUUGAACAAAAUUAAAAAUUCAUUGAAACUCAGACUCCAUUUUCUAGGUUGUGCAUAAGUGGAGUAGCUUUCAUUUGGAUAGGCUCCAGGCAAACACUGGGAGGUUGAAACUGUAGCACAAAACUUUGUAUCGAUACGGGUACUUCAUAUCUGCUGCUUCACUACUGACUCUCCUGCCUCGCUGCAGUGUUCCUAAUCUAUAUGCUCACAAAGCUUAUACCCAUGUGGAUGUAGUAUCUACUUAUGUUUGCAUCUUAUCCUCCGUCUAGGAAAAUCUGCUCCCCCUUAGCCAAUCUUGGACACAAUUAUUUAAUAGAACUGUUUGAUCACCGAUUUGUUCAAUUUAGUCCCAUGGCUUAGUAAUGAAAAUGUGCUUUAAGCUUAUCCUUAAAAACCAAAGAGCUUUGUAUCUUGCACCAAACACAGAAGCACAAGACCUCUCUCCUUUGACUCACUUUGAUUUCAGAUAAGAGAUGCUGAAUUCAUGGAGUGAUACCCUGCUUUGCUUUCUACAAAAGUAGAACUUCUUCAGUAUUUAUUCAAAUUUCAGUUUAGAAUCACUAAUAUUAUUUUUGCACUGUUUGAUAUCACGGUGAGUUACUAGAUUUAAGUCCCCUGUUCAUGUGAUCCAAUCAGUUUAUCACCUAUUUUUUAAUAUUCAGGAAUCAGAAGGAAAAUUUACUACCUUAAGAAAGAAGAUAUUCAUACAGUUUAUCAACUUAAUUUGGUAUAUAAUUAUUAAUGCUAUCAAAUAGGACACAUUGCUGAAAUUAGUACCUUAACUUAUGCUUGGUAAUCUUUUGUAUAUCACAUGAUUACAAUAAAUCCUGUUAUUAUUUGGAUUUCAUGUGAUUCAGUACUAACAGACAAGCAUACUAAAACAUUUAGCAUCAAAUAACCACCUGUAUAUUUAGUUACACAUAUAUUUUUUUUAUCCUUGGAACACUUUCCUAUCCCUCCUAUGGGCAAUGUGCAAUGCUCAUGUAGACUGAACUGUGGAGACAUAAACUAUGACAUCAUAGCAAUGCUGUCUAGAUUACAAAGAGUUUUCACAAAACACAUACUACAAAAAUAAAAAUAAAAAUAAACCUCAUAAAAAAAAACUUGGGCUUGUCCAGGCUUGAUGUGCAAUACUGAUUCCUUACCAAUCAUAACUUAUUUUUAUGCCUAUGUGAAUUCAUCACAUUUCAAAAAUUCAGGUCAAACUUACAAAACAAGAUGAUAUUUCAGACUUGUGUGCUAUGUUGAGUGAACUUCCUUGCCUAAUCUAAACUCCAGUGCAUGUUCAAGGAUCUAUAUGUUAAACAUGGUAUAUUUUUGAACAGGAAUAAAUUAAAGCUUUAUCACACAUAUAGAAGACAGCUUCAUUUCUUUUUAGAUUCUAUGGUGGUGGUUACUGUUGUAUAAAUCUUAAAUCACGAAUUUUGAUGGUAAUAAAUAUUAAAAUUAAAA